AUGUUUUGGGGUCUCCUUUCUCUCCUCCUCUUUGCCAUGGCCAGCGGAACCCCCAUUGGGGACCAGGAUGAAGACAUCCAAGUGCAGGAGAAUUUUGAUGCUGAGCGGAUGUAUGGGAAGUGGUAUGAUGUAGCCAUUGGCACCACCUGCAAGUGGAUGAAGAACUACAAGGAGAAGUUCAACAUGGGCACGCUAGUGCUGGGCCCUGGCCCCAGUGCCGACCAGAUCAGCACAAUCAGCACCAGGUUGCGGCAAGGUGACUGCACUCACAUCUCAGGAGAGUACCAGAAAACCAGCACCCCUGGCAAAUACACCUACUAUAAUCCCAAAUGGGAUGUGUCUAUCAAGUCUUAUGUGCUUCGCACCAACUACGAAGAAUACGCAGUCAUUCUGAUGAAGAAGACAAGUAGUUAUGGUCCAAGCACCACACUGAAGCUGUAUGGGAGAAGCCCAGAGCUGCGGGAGGACCUCACCGAGGCCUUCCGGCAGCUGGCUCUGGAGAUGGGCAUCCCUGCGGACUCCAUCUUCAUCCUGGCCAACAAAGGUGAAUGUGUCCCCCAGGAGACUGCCACUGCCCCCGAGAGGGCGCGGAGAGCAGUGCUGCCACCUGAGGAGGGCUCAGCCGCAGGACCCUUGCCCCCAUACAUUGGCAACAAGGAAGAUGCGUGCCGGCUGAGCCAGGACCCCGGGCCCUGCAGCGGGAUGCUCUCCCGCUUCUUCUACAAUGUCUCUUCCAUGGCCUGUGAGACCUUCCUCUAUGGUGGCUGCCUGGGCAAUGGCAACAACUUCUACUCAGAGAAGGGGUGCUUGCAGGCGUGCCGGACCGAGGCUGCCUGCAGGCUGCCCAUUGUCCAGGGGCCCUGCCAGAAGCCAGUGCUGCGCUGGGCCUUUGAUGUGGCCCAGGGCAAGUGCAUCAAGUUCAGCUACGGAGGCUGCAAGGGCAAUGGGAACCAGUUCUACUCAGAGAAGGAGUGCAAGGAGUACUGCGGGGCUCCUCCACUGGCAGAGGAUGAGGAGUUUCUGCGUCUGUCACACUGAUGUGGGUGGAAGACGAGCACCGAGCACUGGAACCAGGGCCUCGCAU